AUUAUUGUAGGGCUCGUGCUGUCACCUCCCAUCCGUCGAGCUGUCAGUUGACAGCAGCACGCAUGAACAUCAGUGCAGCCGAGUUGGAGUUGACCACCCGUUGACAUUACGUCGUACUAUCUGCUUCUGUUCGGUGUUGUUCUUUAAUCAAACGGGGCAAGGACAUGACAGGAUACACCCUUGUCAGCUGGUCGGACUAGCCACGAACGCGUAGGAGGACUGAGCAGCUGGCUAAUAGCAACAGUUAGCUUGCAAGCUAACGGGAGCGGUGGUGUUGAGCGGAGUCUGGUUCUGUUUGCUGCCGUCAUAUGGCGAACCAAGGUCGGCGCUACUGUAGCCGUUUGUCCGCGGCGAUUGGUUAGACAUUGAUCAACAUUAAUUUGUCGGUUUAGUGUUUUACUUUAACGGUAAAUUGUAAUUCGUUUCUCAUUUGUCACAAAGAUCAACGCAUUUUACAUUUAGUUUGCUAUUUUUUUAUUUACUACAUUUAUCGCCGAUGUUCGCUAUCUAGCGUGCUACUCGGCUAUGCUAACGCCAGCUCACUGAAAGCUCCAGACCAGUCGAGGGAGGAAGAGUGUUGAUGUGGGCUGGGGAAGAGCGCAGGACUGUGUUAGGUCAAUGAGAACAGCGCGGUUAGCUUCAGAACAUCAUCGUCCAACAUUGUUACUUCGCUUAACCAAGCUACGUGGGUUAAUCGGUCACUUUGAUGUUGGAGCUGGCCAGAUGAAUAGUGUUAAUGGUUUUGAAUUGUGAGCAGAAGACGCUGUUAACACCGUCAACGCACAGACUGCAGCAGUUUGCUUAAAUAUGGCUUCGGCGGGCGGCAUUGCCGCAGUUAUUGCGAGCAAAACGAAGACGAAGAAAAAACACUUCGUUGCCCAGAAAGUGAAGCUCUUCCGUGCCAGUGACCCUCUGCUCAGCGUGCUCAUGUGGGGAGUCAAUCACUCGAUAAAUGAGUUGAGCCAUGUUCAGAUUCCCAUCAUGCUCAUGCCAGACGACUUUAAGGCCUACUCUAAGAUUAAAGUGGACAACCACCUCUUUAACAAGGAGAACAUGCCCAGCCAUUUCAAGUUUAAGGAGUACUGUCCUCUCGUGUUUCGAAACCUCAGGGAGAGGUUCGGCAUUGACGAUCAGGACUUCUCGAACUCCCUGACACGUAGCGCCCCCUUGAACAGCGAAGCCCAAGGACGCAGCGGGGCGCGCUUUCAUACCUCCUACGACAAGCGCUACGUCAUCAAGACCAUCAGCAGCGAGGACGUGGCCGAGAUGCAUAAUAUUUUAAAGAAAUACCAUCAGUUCAUUGUGGAGUGCCAUGGCAACACACUGCUGCCUCAGUUUCUGGGGAUGUACCGUCUCACAGUGGACGGAGACGAGACCUACAUGAUUGUAACGCGCAACGUCUUCUCUCACCGCCUUUCUGUCUACAAAAAAUAUGAUCUGAAGGGUUCCACUGUGGCGAGAGAGGCCAGCGACAAGGAGAAGCAGCCACCCCCAUCAGAGGAUGUGCCCCCGCGGCCCAAAUCUGGUAACGUUCAGCAAAGGCUGCAAACUCUGCGGAUUGCCACGCGCUUUUACUGCGCCAUGAAACACGUAAGAGAUGCCAAGGAGCUGCCCACAUACAAGGACAACGACUUCAUCAAUGAUGGGCAGAAGAUUCACAUCGAUGGGGAGAACAAAAAAAUGUUUCUGGAGAAACUGAGGAAAGAUGUGGAGUUCCUGGCUCAGCUGAAGCUCAUGGAUUACAGCCUGCUGGUGGGGAUCCACGACGUGGAGCGGGCCGAGCAGGAAGAGGUGGAGAGUGAGGACAACGAGGUGGAGGAGGAGGGUGAAAGCGACGGAGGAGGAAUCGGAACACCGCCCGACAGUCCCAGCAACACCCUGGACAGCAACAAGCCUCUGUGCCCCGGAGAGUUUGAUCCAUCCAUCGAUGUCUACGCCAUCAAAAGCAACGAAGGUGCUCCCAGGAAGGAGGUGUACUUCAUGGCUAUUAUAGACAUCCUGCAGCAUUAUGACGCCAAGAAGAAAGCUGCCCACGCCGCCAAAACUGUCAAACACGGGGCCGGAGCAGAGAUCUCCACGGUGAACCCAGAGCAAUACUCCAAGAGAUUUUAUGACUUCAUCACCACUAUCCUGUCAUAGCCUCCAGGAGCAGCAAAGGGAGAAAAUAGGAGGCCUCUCUUUUUUUUUUGGCUCUCCUUCCUUCGGUGGGGUGCAGCAUGCUGCAGCUUAACAAAACCCAGUUUGUUUACAUUUAAACCUCCUCUGUUAAAAGCGAGUGUCCUAGUCUUCAUGUUGUUUUUAUUGUUAUUUUUCCAUCACCUGCAUGUUUUUAUCCUGAUUGUGAUGUUCAGUGGGAGGGCGGGAUUUUUGUCCAGAGGAAAGUUCCUCAUGAGGAAGCAGUCUUCCAGUAGGCCAAAAACCAAACCCAUUCCGCUUUGAGCUUCUCCUCCAUCUCGUUUACUUGCGUUCAAAGCUUCUGGGUCAUUCUGUCGCCGCUCUUCUCGUUAUGUAUCGUUUGUUUACACCUCGUUGGGUCUGUCUCGUUUGUGAUUUGGAACGCUAAAGGGAAGGGAGUGGUAAAAAGAGAUGGAUUUGAGUUCACGGCCUUGGUGGUAAGCACUCUGAAAGUGUGUGUGUUCCCAGCGGUCACACAGCUCAACAGCACCUUAUGAGUAAAAGCAAAACAGUCGCACUUUCGCUUUGUGGUUUGGAUCCAUUAUUCUGUUACACGCGCUAGAGCCUGACCUCAAAUCCCGCCUUCACUUCUUAAAUGGAUCUCAGCAGGGCUUUUCUAAGUGUUCUGUUCCUUUGUGGUGUUGUAGGAGUGGUUUUUAAAUUUCCUUAAGGGCCAGCCAUCAGUGAGUUCACACAGAAGGACGUUUACCUCCAACAUCGUACCAGCACACACCCAGCGACGACCAAGGGUGUGUGUGUGUCAGUGUUCGCCAGUUGUAAACAGGAAGGAGGGAGGCUGGUUUAAUUCAUUAACACCAAACACUUUGGGCUCUAACUGUGUUUGUGACUUUGGUAUUCACUUGUGUUAUUUUACAUUUUUUAAAAUUAUUUUCAGGUGUUUGAAUUUGGUGAUUUUAUGACUUGUUUGUUUUUCUUUUUUGUAUAUUUUGCACAGGAGGAAAGUACCCAGAUGUUACGAUAAUGACCCCAAUUAGUUGAUACCGUCUUAAGGGAAAUGCAAUAUACGUGUGUGUGAGAAGUGUGUGUGUGACUUGUGUUUCACCUUUAACCGAUUAAGAAGAAGCAGGUCAAGUCGUCCUUUCUCUAAACUUAUUUCUUACAUGCAAAAAGCUUCUGUCACAUAAUAUUUACAUUUAUAUUUUUACAUUGAGUCUCAGUCUCGUGGUAUUUAAAGAAAAAUGACAAAAAAAAGGAAAUUGAGCUAUUAAUGGUGCUGUGGUAACGAAGAAUGAUUUUUACAACAUAGCUGUUCAAAGGUGUAAAAUAUAAAAGAUGCAUGUGAGCGGACCCAGGUUCCUUUCCUGUCUCCACUAUGUGUUUGUGGUCUACGUGCCCCGCCCCCUCACUUUAACCACAGGUGUGUGUUUCAGUGGUAAAUAGUCAUGCUUUAAAUAACUGUUUUUCAUUAUAUACACUGUGCAAGAUGUGUGCCUUUAUACUCCAAAUUAUUUAAUUUUAUAUUUUGUAAUCUUUUUUUUAAACAAAUGUAAAGUUUUUUUUAAUGUUAGGGCGUUUACGUUUUUGUUUUCUCAGCACUUCAGUGUUCGUUCAAUAAAACCCUUCCAUGAUUGUUUUCUAACCAACAAACAUUAGUGUACCUAAUUAGGUGUGUGUGUGUGUGUGCGCGCGCGUGUGUGUGUGUUGUACUCCUUGCUUUGUUUUUGGCAUCCUUUGAAACAAACCUGCUGUCACCAUAAACUUUGCCAGAAGCGGCGGUCCAGACUUCUUCCAUGAGCUUAAGAACAUUGUUUGGUAUUGUGUGUCUUUGUUUAAAGUAAAUGUCCAUUUUUUUUCUUCCUCCUCCUUUGUGGUAAAACGGAGUGAGCUGUGCAGUGCUUGUAUGUGGGUUAGGGUUAGAGGGUGGAGCAUCCUCUGCAGGUGUGGGAGGGCUUUGUUUUUAAUUGAAGCUUUGCAGAUAAAAUAUCCCAAAUGGAUUCAAACUGUUGAAUGAGCACAUGGAAAAUCUUAUUUCCACCUGCAGAGUCUGAUGCUUUCACCUGGGCAUUGUUCAAAACACGGUGUGUGCGCGCGCGCAUCAGUUUGACAGCUGGGUGUUCUUCAGUGGCAGAGAGGUGAAAAAUGAAAUAACUGUUUAUUGUUCUCCACAUUUAAUGAUAAUACCAGUGCACUGCAUUCACUCCAACCUGUUUAAUUAAAGCACUUGUUCUGCUUAACUGUA